AUGCAGGCCGGCGACGCCCAGGUGGCGUCCGGCCACUCACUCGACCUGCAGGACGUUCAGUCCGCGCAGCAGGCGCAGCAAGCGCUCAGGGACGAUCACCUCCUCACCACGGUCCUGAUGGAAGCCGACCACGGUGCGGUUGGGGAGCAGCUGCAGGGGGGGUCCUUAGAUGGGGGACUGCACGGCUCCGCCGAGGGCUACGCGCUGAAGUCAUCGCCCGAGCACGGCUACACGGGCUACAACUUCAAGCAAGGGGAGGACAUGAUGGUGGCGGGCGUGCCCGUGGACCAGCCGGUUGAGCUGGUGCCCAUCCAGGUGGUGCCGUCGCAGGGGCAGGGGAUGAUGGCCAUGGAUUGCUUGUCGCCGGGCGCUUAUCGAAUGGCAGACAUCGAGGGGGGUGCUUACUCGAUGGCCUGCGGGCAGUCCAAGCCCAUGCAGGGGCAGGGCUUGGCCGGGCACCGCUUUGUGUCCAAGGGGUCUUCGGACACGUCCCUGAGGCAGGUGGGCCAGACGCCCACGCGGGUGGACGCCAACGGCCGGCCCACCAAGAUGCUGGUGCACCGUGCGAGGAGCGUGGGUGGCAUCCAGCCCAGCCUGGGACUGUACCGGUCGGUUGCCAGGGUGUCCAGGACGAUGUCGGACUCGGACAUCAUACUGGAGGCGCCCCUGGGGGGGCAGAUGGGCGCUGGGCCUAUCGGGCAAUCGGUGUUCCAGGGCAUGGGGUCGAUGAUGCAGGCAGGCACGAGGAUGGGGAACCCGGGCAUCGGGGAGAAUGGCGAGAGGUUGGUCAUGAGCGCGAAGGAGGGGACCAAGACGCGGUGGAAACCGAAUCCUGUGCAGUUGUGCCUGCUGGAGCAGCACUUCAACUCAGGCUACACAAAAGCAACUCCAGAGCUGCAUGCUGCUGUUCAAGGAGCUGGCCAUGCGACCGAAAAUCAGGUCACGGUGUGGCUCAAGAACCGUCUGUCAAGAUGCAAGCGCCCACCUCCAAAGGCCAAGCCAGCUGAGACAAUGAAGGUUGAGGAAGAGGAGAGUGACAAUGAGGUACCAUGGGAAGAUUUUGGCAAGGUUUCAGCAUCUGUUCUCGAAGAACUGUCGUCCAUCCUGUCCUCAGUUGACAAGCAGGACAUCAUCACUUUGGCAAAGUCCAUCCGAAGUGCCAACAGGAUAGUUUGCUGUGGCGUCGGACGGGAGGGCCUUGUGAUGAGGGCUCUGGCUAGCAGCUUGCACCACUUGGGCUUCGAGGUGUACUGCACGGGUGACACAAACAUGCCCCCUUUUGGGGCAGAUGACUUGAUGCUUGUGAGCGCAGGCCCUAGUUAUUACAGCUCGGUGAGCGCCCUGGCUCUGGAGGCCAUGCGGGCGCACGCUGUGGUCAUUGCUUUCACCGCCCACAAGACCGCCGACUUGCCGUUUGCUGAGCACGUCAUACGCAUACCUGCUCAGACGCUGCCGCCAUCGAUGCCAGUAAUGAACCAGAACCUGAAUGGCACAGGCGCAGAUCUGAUGUCCUUCCUGCCCGAAGGGCGCUGGAGCAUCCUCCAGAUGGGGGCGUCCUACGAAAUGAGCAUGUGGCUGUUGUUCGAGUGCAUGAGCAUCAUGUUGAGGAAGGCAUGCCAUGUGAGCCCCUCCGACAUGCGCUCAAGGCACACAAACUUGGAGUGA